AGUCACGCGUCGGUUUCCGUGGCAGCCACACCACAAAUCAGUGGGGUGCCUACGUCCGUGUGUGUGUGUGUUAGGGGUGGUGAGCAGCGUACGAAUUAUACUGUCACUUGUCAGUUCUGUGUGAUAUGAUGGUGGGAGACACCAGCAAGGAAUGCAAUCCACUGCAAACAAGAGUGUCUAAUGUGUAAAACAAAAGCAGAAGAAACCAAGUGUAAUGUAAUUAAGGGUGAAGGAUUUUUGUACGUAAGUGAAACCCCCCCCCCCCCCCCCCCUUUCCGGAACUUCUGCUCCAGAACAACCACAGUGUUACAGUGAUGGAGCAACUCUACCGAAAGUCUUCCCAGUAGUGUGUUACGUGCGCGCAGAUGGUUUAGUGGAAAAAUGAAGAAGAAGGCGAACAUCUUCGAGCUGCCACCGAAGUGUCCGGCGCUGGCGAAUAAAAUAACCGGCAUCUUCGGAUGGCGUCACACGUAUCAGGUGCACCAGCGCCAGAAAGGCAUACCGCACUGCAGCCAGUAUCUGUACAAGAGCUACUCGCUCAACCUACCGCGGAAGGUGGUGGGCAGCUGCGAAACGCUGGAAACCGGGUCCGAGGGCACGGUGGAGGUGGACGGGCAUGGUGUCGGAGGUGGCCGGUCAGCAUCUUCGUCGUCUACCCGGGGUACCACUUACCACCAUCGGCAUGCAGGAGGUACCAGUAACAGCUGCUGCACCGAACCAGGCACACCGAAUUGCGAAACAAAUCCAGACACUUGGGUAGUUGUACAUCACCUUCAGUCACAGUCGGGAAUUCUCGACCCGGAAGAUCACAUCAGCGAUGUGGCGGACGAUCGGGAAGAAAUCAUUGCACACUACGAAGAUGCGGCAGUUGGGCUGGAUCCGGGCGUACAGCAGGGUGGUGGUGAUGGGGCGAGCGGCAGCUCCGUUGGUACGGGCAGUCCUGACAUCUUCCAGACGUCCGGUCCCGGCAGUAAGGUGGUAGUCGGUGGCCCUGGCAGUGAACCAACGCCGGAUAGUGGCGUGGUAACGGUGGCUGGAACCGGAGCAGUAAUCGGCAGCAACCCGGACAACAUAGUAACGGUUGGUGGGCCAGGAUCCGGCACGGGUGUGCCCGGACCGGGUGGUGCAUCAUGCAUCGAGGUGUUUGCAAACGAACCGGCCCCACUUGGGCUUGGUUUGCAGGUGCGGCGUGGCAGUGAACCGUCCCUACAUCAGAUCGGAGUAACGGAGCAGCGCAGUCCGCUGUACAACGUGAACCCGAACGGGAACCAUCAGGGCACCAGCAAACGGUGGUCCGCUGCGCCCGUGUGCCGCAGUGACAGUGAUCCACCGCCGGAUCGUUUGCUUUCGCCACAGCAAAAUGGGGGUGGACCACCGUACCACUACCACCACCAUCACCACCUGCUGGCGGAGGAAGACUGGAACGUGCCGGAGGAGGAUGGACAGCAGCAGCACGACAGUCUACUGCCACAAACGUUCAACCGUUCCGGGCGGCUUUCGAUGCAGUUUCUCGGUGCGGAAGCCGGGACCGGCUAUCGGUGGAUGGAUGCGGCAGAGAAAGCGGCCGCCUCUGCAGCAAACACCGCUGUAUCUUCCUCUGCAAACUCUUCCACCUCGGCGGUACACAAUCAAUCGUCACUUGCGUACGGGUAUCAGACGUAUCAGAACUAUGUGCAGCAGCAGGCGAAACAGCAGCAACAGCUGCAACACAACUCGUUCCACUCCGAGAGCGAUACGAUGGUGAUGGGCAGAGGUGGUAACAACAGCUUCAUGUCCAAGUCGCUGCCGAGGGAAUCAACGCGCAAGGAACCGCUGGGACAGGCGAAAGCAUCCGUGUACGAUUCGAUAAGGGAGAAGGAUAGUGAAAUGCUGCUGGUGGUGAACGAAACGGGCGGCCCACUAGGACUCACGGCCAUCCCGGACAUGGAACGGGGUGGGUUGCUGGUGCAGAGCGUGGAACCGGGCAGUCGGGCCGAACGGGGCCGAUUGCGGCGGGGCGAUCGCAUCCUCGAGAUCAACAACAUCAAGCUCGUCGGACUCUCGGAAAGUUCCGUGCAGGAACAUCUUAAGAAGAGCCUCGCAUCGACGGAGCUACGAUUGCGGGUGGUACGAGGUGGGGGUGGUGGCGGCGGCAGCAGUAUCCGGAACCGCAGCAAGGCGGAACAGCAGUUUGGGCGGCUGGUGAAGAGCGGUAGCGGGCCACGCUAUCCCCGCGACAACCGUGUCGGACAGUUGAUGAUCGAGGCGGAAGAAAAGCCGACCUCGGCGGCCAAGGUGGCGACGGUUUCGCCGACGCGCAAGAUACCGGGCGCACCAUCGACCGGCACCAGCCUGCAGGUGGCAAACACGCGUAAGCUGGGCAAGCGGAUCGAGAUAACGCUCACGAAAGGUGACCACGGGUUAGGCUUUUCGGUGACGACGCGUGACAAUCCGGCCGGUGGCCACUGCCCGAUCUACAUCAAGAACAUACUGCCCAAGGGUGCGGCCGUGGAGGAUGGACGGCUGAAGCCGGGCGAUCGGUUGCUCGAGGUGGAGGGCAUCCCGAUGACGGGCAAAUCGCAGACGGAGGUCGUUUCGAUACUGCGCGGUACGCCGCACGGUGCCACGCUGAAGAUCGUGGUGUCCCGUCAGCAGGAGCUGGCGGUUGAUGUAAAGGAGCGUGAAAUAGGUUUUAGUGUAGAAAGUGAACCAAAGAAUUCGCCACCGAAACCACCGCCACCAGUGAUGCCAAAGUCAUCGCUAAAGCAAUCGAACAGCAGCAACAGUCUAGCGAAAUCAUCCGACCCUACGUACGGUGAUGGGACGGAGGGUGAUGCUAGCAACAGGACGGGUGUAGCAAACUGUCGCUCCAUGCCGAAGCUGGGCCCGGGUGCGACCGUAACAUCCUCACCGAAAACACCCACCGUCCAGAAGAAACCGCUCGCCUCCAUACUGAAGUCAGCGUCCACGAACCAUGUGGCGGAGUUGCUGCAACAUCAUCAGCACGAUACGGGUGGUGGUGGUGCGGCGGGUCGUGGUGGUGGUGCUUCUGCUGGUGGUAAUAUUAGUAAUGGCAGCGUCACGUCCAACAAUAGCAGUAACGGUGGUGAGUUAUUGGCCGGUGCAGCAUGGAAGAACCGGGAGAUUCUGACACUUCACAUACCGGUGCACGACACCGAGAAGGCUGGACUGGGCGUGAGUGUGAAGGGCAAGACGGGUUCGGGUAAUUGUAGUAGCAGCACUACCGGCAGUGGUAGCAGCAGCCGAACCGAUGGUGAUCUCGGUAUAUUCGUGAAGAGUGUACUGCACGGCGGAGCGGCCAGUCGGGACGGUCGGCUAAAGAUGAACGAUCAGCUGCUGAGCGUGAACGGUGUGUCACUGUUGGGACAGUCGAAUGCCGAAGCGAUGGACACGUUGCGGCGUGCAAUGUUACAGUCGGGUGGUAGCUAUCCGGGAAAAAUCAUUCUCAAGAUAGCGCGACGCAUCGCCCGACCAGUAAGUACCGGCGAGCUGCUCGAAACGAUGGAACAGCGUUCGGCGGCAGCUUCGACGAAUGGUGGUGGUGACGACCAUCAGAUGGGCGGCAGUGGCGCCAACUCUGGCACGACAGUGAUCUAUCUUGGUGCGGACAAACAAUCGCAAAACACAACGACACAACAGCAAAACCAUGCUGCGCAACAGCAAAGCAAACGAUACAGCAAUCCGGUACUCGAUCGGCUCACUGGUGGUUCGGCAGGAGUAGUGACCAGUAAUAGCACUGGAUCGCUACAUCACACCGGCUCGCUGCCCCAUGGGCUUACAGCUGCUGGUGGCAGUGGAAGCAGUGAUACGUUAACCGGUGGCCAUUACAUUCGUAACAGUAGCACGAACAGCAGCACUAGUACGAUGAACAGCCAGCAGCAGCAGCAGCAGCAGCAUCAUGCGCCCAACAACCAAAGACCAUCGGGCGGGCAACGUUCUUUUGCACCGUCCUCUUCUUCACUGGUGCAACCGUCACCGGCACAGCACGGUUUGCGCAACGAGAGCUACUAUAUGGCGACCAAGGACCACUGGAGUACGACCUCGUCCGCUACCAGCCUGAACGGUAGCAACGUUGUGCUGAUCGAGGAAGAUCCGGAACCCACCUCACCCACAUUCCAUAUCACUCGUUCACUGGAAGGUACCGGUGGUGGUGGUGGUGGUGCUAGCGGCCCGAACACCGGUGGCAUACUCGGCAAUGGUAACACAUCCACCCCUAACGGGGCCGACGCAACGUACGCUUCCCAGCUAUCGCUCGAAACCAAUCCACCACCGUCGGACGCGUUCAGCCGCGACGCCAUCGGACGGCGCUCGAUGUCGGAAAAGCAUCACGCCGCCAUGGACGCACGGGAAACGGGCACCUACCAGCGGAACAAAAAGCUGCGCGAAAAGCGUGACCGUGACAGCAAGCUGUUAAUGGCGGCCGGUGCAACUGUACCCACCGGUGGCGGAUCGCUCGAAUCGAUCGAUCUACACCAGAUGGCACGGAUGAACAGUUUGAAGCAACAGCAGCAGGGUGAAAAUGGUAAAUCGAGCACCACCACCACCGCUGCACUGGCGGCACAUUUGCUGCGUGCCGAAGCGCAAGACCAGCUGGGCGAUCUGGGACCGUCGCUCGGGAUGAAGAAAUCGUCCAGCCUGGAGUCGUUGCAGACGAUGGUGCAGGAGAUACAGAUGGCGGACGAGCCGCGUGGUCCGAACGCGCUCCGUACACCGCGUGGCCGUGGCCGGGAGGAGAUACUACGGGCUGUGGUGGAGCAACCGGCAGAAACGCAGGCGAAAAAACACUGGCUACUGGAGGACGGUCCACCAGCAUCUAUGACCACCUCCGGCGAGUUCCCGGACGGUGGUUUCGUAUCGCGCAACAGUCCCUUCCAAUCGUCGCUGAACGAUGGCAAAGGUGCGAAACUGCGGGCCAAGAAGAGUGGUGGUCUGCUGCGUGGCAUCGGCCACAUGUUCCGGUUUGGCAAGCACCGCAAGGAUGUGAUUGUACCGACGGGCACAGUAACCUCGACCGGAUCAUCCGGUGAGCCAGCGAUCGACUAUACCGGGCCAACGGCAGUACCGUCCCAACAGCACAGCGCUACCACCGCCGCUGGUGGCAUGCUCGACACCAGCAGUGGUUCGGGAACAAUGAAAAAUGGCGGAAGUAAUACGAUGGCCAAACAACGUGGUGGUAAUGCGCUUAACACGGCGGCGGGCAGUAAUAAUGCGGCAUCGCGCUACAUUCUGUACGAUCCCAGCUCGGUCGAACGGUCCGCUUCGUCCGGUGUCGUUUACGGCCAUACGCAACCCCCACACUAUCAACCACCGCCACCACCACCCCCGGUCGGUGCGGCCGUUGGACCGUCGACGGGUACAUCGAUACACCACACGGAUGUGUUUAACCAUCGCUACUCACACUACGUCAACUACGAGGAGUUGCAACAACAAAUAAGCCGCCGCCAUCAUCUCUAUCACUCGCAGCGUUCUGCCCGUAAUACACCGCCCAUGAUGGACAUGGUGGGACUCUCGCAGCAGCAGCAACAACAGCAACAACAAAAGCAUCUACACAGCUCCUCGACUCUGACAAACCAGCAGCAACAGCAGCAGCAGGGCAAAUAUAAAAGCACUCGGCCCGUCUCGAGCUACCAUGACGGUGGUGGUUACGAAACGAUCUCCUCCACCGGACCACCACCCUCCACGGUACACCACAGGAAGGAAUCGUCCAGUGGUGGGUCGAAACCGGACACCGGUGGAGCGAUGCACGAGGAAACGAACGGUGGCGAAUGGCACCAUCACACGGGCACGGCCUCGUCCGGUGGUUCGAUCCGGAACAUGCGAGGUCCGUUCGUAACGCAAGUGAAAAUUCAAAAUCAACUAUCAUACCAAUAGAGAUAGAGGCGCGCCUACCCCACCCCCACGCGUAUGAGUAUGGAAAGCCUUCCCUUCGAGAUACGUAUGCAACACACACACACACACACACACACACACACACACCCCAUGCUGUACUUAAGCACAUGCAACGAAUUUACCAUUAUACUUCCUGUCCUUGAAUUGCUACUUCCCCGCGUUUACAAACAUCAGUAUCAAAGAUGAUCAAAGAGAGAAAGGAUCAUACAAAAAAAAAAAUCUUAAAAGGGCACGAUUUUUACAUGCCAAAAGUAACAAAAAGAAGACAAAAAAAAAACGCUCCUUCUCUUAAAAUUCUAAUUUUUCCAAAUCUUUCCAACCAUUUCUUAAUAGCAUGUUUUAAAUACAACAUUUUUUAUUUCUCAAAGAAUUUAUGGUGUAACAAGGGUAGAAGAUAAUAACAAAAAAACAACACGCAACGUGUGUGUGUGUGUGUGAUGUUCGUCCUUUCUUUCGCCUUCUUCUGCUUCGACAUGGAACCACAUUAUUCCGUGUUGUGUGAUGAGAGAAUAGAAAGAUAUUACAUAAAGCUUGCUUUAUACAAACACAAGCCCUAAUGCGCGAAUGAUAAGCUCGCAAACGCCUUAAAGUAUGCAACACGUGUGCACGAUGAAUUUAAUGAUCUUCUUUUUAGGAUAUUCUUUUGCAGAGUUUAUUAUAACUCUGCGAAAACAAAAAAUUAUUACUCUUAGUCUAAAUCUUAGUUUGAUGUUACUGUACUAAAAACGGAGUUAGGAGUUCGUUUAAAAGCAGGGGUGCGCGUGGCUUAAAAACACACACACACACACAUAGUUAUGUUUCUUCCUUCUCAUUAAAAGGUACACGGUAUUGUGGUAUGUAAUAUUUUAGCUACCGGAAAAUCCUGUUGUGGCUUAGUCGCGCGCGCUCCCACUAUUGUAUUUGUUACUACGGUUCGGGGCAUCCACCCUAAUUGGUAACUGAACGAAGAAAACAGAAACUUGCGGUAAGAGUGUGGGUGAACGAAACAUUGUACUUAUAUAGUUGUGUUAAGGAAGGGAUGUAGGAAUUGUGCGCUCCAUAAAACAAAAGCAAAGCAUCUCCCGGAUCGACCGAGCGAAAAAAAACACCCCAUCCCCCCCCCCCCCCCCCCACCACCACACCAGUACAACCCCCACAGGCUCUCUCUUCGUUGUUCGUUCCCCUUUAUGUAUUUAUGUCACGGGAAGCAGAGAAAGAAGAAGCAGCGGGGCUUCUCCGGUGUGUAUGUGGUGUGCUGGGUGGCGAAUAUAGACUUUAUAUAUAUAUAUACACACAUAUUAAAAAAAGGAAAUACAUACACAAAAACACACACGCAAUCUCGGUACAUAUAAAUAUAUAAAGCUGCAUAUAUGUGUAGUUGUACAGACAUGUAAUUCUUCACACGUACGUUAUGUGUAAACACUGUAUUAUAUCAAUCAAUAAAUUUGUAACAAAAACAUACACACGUAAAAAAGUCUGUGUGCGCGUA